UACUUUUCACAAUUUCACUGCGUUCGAAAGUUAAGAAAUGAUCAUUCUGUUUAAAUUAUAAUUACAUCGGAGUUUUUGAGAUAAUUCCGUCGUAAAAAAUUUUAGCACAGAGGCUCAAUCGGGAAAAUAUCUCCUUAGUCCGGGUUACAACUAUUUAAUAAUAUUUUAGUCAUAAUAUUUUACGGUAAAUUGCAUUUUGCAUUCCAUAUAAAAAUAUCUAAGCUUCCUUAAUUAUUGUUAUGAGAUGCUUAAUGUAUAUUUACUUUCUCAAGGAUUAUGUCGCAUACUAGUGAGAAACCAUUAAUUGCUAAUGACAUAGAAUUUGCUCCUGCUAACCCGCUGCAAAGUUUGUCUCAAGAACACCACGAUUACCUUAUUCGAAGACAUGGGACUGUGGAAUUAGAUCCUUUGCCUUCAAGUGAUCCCUUGGAUCCGCUCAAUUGGCCAGAUUGGAAAAAGAAUUGUGAAAUUGCCUUGAUAGCAUUUACAACUUUAACUUGCAAUAUUAUGGCCGGUGGUAUUACGCCUGCUUUUCAACCAAUGGCUGAAGCUUAUGAAGUUUCAAUCACGGCAGCUUCUUAUUUAACUUCAGCUCAAAUUGCAGUUUUAGGUGUUGUUCCACUUGGUUGGGUUCCUGUAAUGAAUACUUAUGGAAGAAACCUGUUUAUAAUUGUUACUUGUUUAAUCUGCUGCGGAUUGAAUAUUGCUGGAGGUUUCUGCAAGACUUAUGGACAACAAAUGGCAACAAGAAUCCUUGUAGCAGUUUUUGCUGGUACUGGGUAUGCUUCAGGUUCCUCUAUAGUGGCAGAUUUAUGUUUUAGUCAUGAAAGAGGUAGAAAAAAUGGGUGGUGGUCCACGGCCCUUGUAAUUGGUACACCAUUUGGGCCAUUCUUAACUGGAUUUAUUCAACAGCAUGCUGGUACUAAGUGGAUUUACUUUUUCUUUGCUAUAUUAAACUUUGUUGGAUUUUUGCUCUGGUGUUUGGUGGACGAAACUGUUUAUCAAAGAGGUGUUAAACAAGAAAAAGAAAGUGGCAUAAUUCGAAUGUUAGGUUUAAAGAAAUAUUCCAAUAAUAAAUUAAAUCGUGAUUUAUUUUUGAGGCCCUUCAAACUUUCUUUAAAUCUAAAUGUGGUUUUAGCAGUAGUUGCCCUUUCUGUUACAUUCUGUUACGCAAAUACCGUUCUUAUUGUUGAAUUACCUCAAGCGAUGGGUAUAUUAUUUAAUUUGGAUGCUCAACAAUUAAGUUAUCAAUAUGUUUCACUUAUUGUUGGGUCUUUUAUUGGUGAAAUGUUAGCAGGUCCUCUUUCUGAUUGGUGGAUGAAGUUUUGUAUUAAAAGAAGACGCGGUACCAGAGUGAUUGUUGAUAGGUUAUGGCUUUCUUAUAAUGGAUUCAUUUGUGUUAUUGUUGGAAUUAUAAUCUGGGGAGUUUAUUUAUAUAAGGCAGUUCCGGGUCAUUGGCAAAUCAAUUCAUUAAUUGGAGCAGCUAUUGCAUCUGCUGGUAAUAAUAUUGUUGCUACUGUGCUCACUACCUUUUGUAUAGAUAGUGCUCCUGGUUAUGCUGCCGACGUAGGAUUAUUUCUUAACAUAUGGAGACAGAUUUUUGGUUUUGCAGGUCCCUUUUAUUUUCAGGAUAUGUUUACGAAUCUCAAUUUUGCUGGAUCAUCCGGGCUUAUGUCUGGACUUGUGUUAAUAUUUGGAGUAGGCAUUACUGCAUAUUUGCAUUACAUGGGUAGUAGGAAGUCGGUUAUUUCAAAGCUUUAAGCGAACUUAGCUAAAUCUUAUAAUAAUACUAAUGAUAACAAUAAGAAAAUAUCAAAUAAAAACUGAAGAGAAACAUAUCCAGUUCUACUCUCCAACUUAAUUUUCAUCUCAUUAUUCAUACGUGUCUAUGUAUACAACUGAUUGCCAAAAUAAAUUGAUUAAUGUAUAUACUAGUACAAAGUCAGCAUGUAAAAUCCUGUAAUUAACAACAGCUUUUACUCAUCCUUCUCUCCUUCUAAAGGUUUAUAGCAGAUAAAACUCAUUUCUCAGUUAAAAUAUGAGGUUGUACUUGGUAACCUAAAGAACUAUGCAAGAGCGACACUAACUUACCUUAGCAAUAUGACUAUUAGCUAAAACUGCAUGCUGGUAAAGGGUUUGAAAUAUUGACAUACAGAAAGGUAAGAUUCAGAUUAAUCUAAUUACGUUAUAAUAAUAGGCAUGAACUGCUAUAGAAACAGAGCUGGGUCUGUC